CUUUAAUAGCUCCUGGAAUGUCUAUAAUAUUUGAAAUAUAAUUCCAAUCGACAUGUUUUAAGGAAUGUAUUGAUAAAUUAGUUAUCCUUACCGAACUCAAUGUUUUUGAAAUUCCCUUAAUUGCAAGAAGAGCGCCUCCACUAUUAAAUUUACCUCCGGUUUUAGAAGUCAAAAGUUGCUGGGUGGGUGAAAUUUCUUAACAAAAUUACAAAAUAACAAAUAAAGGUGGAGACGCUGGUUUCCGUUUUUUUUCGGAAGAUGAAAAAGAUGAAGAAGAGGAAGAUCUAAAAUUAAAAAUUGGUAAUUUUUAAAUUUACCCAUGCGAAUUUUACCUCUAGAAAGGUGAAAGUAUUGAUAUUAAUAUAUACUUCAAACCUCAAAAGGAAGGAUUAGAAGAAAAAAACAUCAUUUUAGUAUGUGAUUCGGAUAUUUAAGCUAAAUAUAAACUAAUAGGAAACGGAAAUAUGUGUUUUUUGAAGGUUUUAGCAAUUGACGACAAUAAAAUUUUGGAAAACUAAGAAAGUUUAUAGAAAAUUUUCUUUGAAAAAGCUGAUUGCAAUAUAAAAAUUUAAAGAAAAAUACAAAUUUAAAACCAAAGUGAUGUCUUUGUGAAUUUUCAUUGGAACAUAUUCCCUUAAAAAUAAGAAAAAAACGUUAAAAAUCUCUAAAGCGCAUUUAAUAUAAAAAAAAAUAAUAAAAACUCAAUUUAAAAUGAAAGAAUUAUAGAAAAUAACUCCAUUUAAAUUUAAAAUAGUAAAAAAAAUUCAUUUUUUUAAUAAAACGAUGAUUUUUUAGAAGGAAAAAAUUCAUGUUUUGAAAUUUUUCCUUAAAAAGGAUUUUUCUCUCCUAUGGAAAUAAAAGAAUUCUCAUUCGAAUUUUUGAGUAAAAAUCCAUAUCCAGUAUUCGAAAACACUGUAUUUUUUAUAGACGAAGUUCCUUUUGAAAGCAUAAAAGGAAUAAAGUAAAAUUUAUUGGGUUUUUUAAGGAAAAAAAGCGACUUUAAUCCUCCUUUUUUAGGCUCUAAUUCUAACAUUCCCUCUAUUCCAUUUAUAGAUUUAGAAGUAGUAGGUAUUUGUGGAUUUUCAGAGAUUUUUUUAGACAAGCCUUUCCAUGUUUUUGGGGAAGAACUGGAAAUUAAUAAAAAAUAUGAAGUAAAGGUUAAGAUAAGAAAAAAUUCAAAAGCUCCAAUUUAAUUAAAAAUCGAAGAAGAAUUCAAAACGGAAGGCAUGUUUUGGGAAACAAAUUAGAUUUUUUUAAAAAUCUAUGAAAAAAACGAAGAGGAAAUUUCCAUUUUUUUCGGUUCAAAAAAAGAAGGGAAAAAUAAAAAAAUUAUUUUUAAAAUUUCAAGCGAAAACACUUUUUUGUAAACUUUUGAAAUUUUAUCAGAUUUUUAAAGAAAUUCAGUUUCUGUUAAAAACUCUCUUCUGGAUUUUGGUCUUAUGAAUAUUUGGGAAAAAAAAUAAAAAUAAUUAGAAAUUUAUAACGAUUCUUAAGAUUAUUAAGAAGUUUUAAUUAAAAAUACUAAUGAAAAAGUCAUCUAAAAUACCACUUUUUACCCUUCCUUAGAUAAACUGAGAAAAUUUAAAGAUUUUUUCAUUCAAGAAGAAAUAUAAGAAGACAUUUCUUCAUAAAAAAAUACCGCUAUAUUACGUAUUUCCUAACCUCAAAUAAAAAUACCUCCUAAGAGUUCCUUUUUUGUCCAAAUAGAACUUGAAGCAGGUAAAUCUGAAAGCUUUAGUAGCUGCCUGGAAGUGAUAUCUGAAAAAAAGGAUAGUAUAUAUGUAAAUGUAGAAGCUGAAAUAUAGGAUAUUUAAAUAGCAUUAAACAAUUUGGACAUAAAUUUGCCUUGUUUAUAUGCUAAUAAAAAAAUAGAAAUUGAUAAAGAAAUCUACUUAGAAAAUUAGGGAAAUAUAGAUGCCUUUUUUACCUGGGAAAACAUCCAAACUGAACUUUUGGAAGUCAUUUGUGAACCAAAACAAGGCGAAAUAAAAGCCAAAGAAAAAAUAAAAAUGAAAAUAAUAGUUUUGGGCAAAAAAGGAGGAGUUUUCGAAGAACUUCUUCUUUGCAAAAUUAAAGAAAAAAAAGAAUUUUUGGGAAUUUUUUUUAAAGGAGAAGUAUUCGGAUUAAAUGUUGAACUCAAAAAAAUAAUUUCAGACGAAAAAUUAGGAGAAAAUGAAUAAAAAAAAAACUAUUUAGAUAACAAUGAGAACCUUUUUAAUAGUCUCGUGAUGAAAAGUAACGUCAAAAAUAGUUUCUUGUGUAAUUCUAUGCGAACUUCCGAUAUAUUCAAGGCCUAAGACAGUAAAGGAACCUAAAAUAAAUAAUUUAAUAUACAUUUAUAAAAGAAGAUUAGUUGUGAAAAGAUAGAUUUUUUCAAUUGUAUAAUAAAUUAACCUAAGCAUAUUUUUAUUGUUUUGGAAAAUAAAAGCGGUAUUUCUACCAGUUUUGAACUUUCUAUUGAAAAAUUCUAACCCUUUUAAAAAAAAAACUUAGAAACAGAAUAAAGUUAAACAAAUACAAAAACCAACCUGUUAACAGACGAAAUAGAAAAAACCUAAAAUUUUAAUUCUAAAUAAGGACAAGAAUUAAACACUUAAAAAACGCUUGAAAAAAAACAACAAAUAUAUCUCUAAAACAACAAAGGAUUUGCAAUUUUAUGUGAACCUUCUAAAGCAAAGCUAUCUUCGUAUGAUACUUCUUUAAUAAAAGUAACAUUAUUUAACGAUAUAUCAGGAAUUUAAUAAGACACUUUAAAUAUAAAUAUUUAAGGUUUACCUCUUAUGAAAGUUCCAAUAAAUAUAUAAGUAAUAGGGUCUCCGAUUAUAAUUUCUCCUUAUUAAUUAGGAAUAGAUUACGAAUAGUAAAUCCCUUUUUUUUUCUUAGGGCAUUUUUCCUAAAACAGUCCCAAAAUAACUCGUUUUUUUAAAGUCUUGAACACAGGACCUAAGCCUAUUAAAAUUAAAUGGUAAAUAUAUAAUUUAGACAAUAAUUGUUCUGAAAAAUUUUUUAAUAUUUCUUUCCAAAAUCCGCCUUAAGGAUUUCCUUUUAUUUCUAAACUUCAUUUUUAGUCUAUUCCGCCACCUACAGUUGAAAAUGGUCCUUUUGAAAUAUUUCCAAAAGAAUAAACAAUAAACGGAAGAGAAGAAAAGAAAUUCUCAGUUUCCUUUUUUGCAUCUAAUUCUAGUACUUUCAACUCUGUAUUAAUUGGAAAACCUGAAUUAAAUAUCCAAGCAGAAGAUAUAGAGGAUUUAACUUUAUAUAUUAGUGCUACUACAGCCUAAUCAUAUUUAAAAAUAGACAAAAUUCCAGAGGGAAAGCCUCUAAAAUUCUAAAAAAACAACAACUCUAUUGAAAAUAAAAACGAGAAAAAAACACUUACUUUAAUAAACGAAAACUUCGAAAAUUUAAAAUUCGAAGUAUAAACUGAAGGCCCUUUUCUGAUUGAAAAAAUUGAAUCCAAUUCUCAAAAAAAUUUCCUUUUUUAAAAUUCGCUUUUAAAAACUUCUAAAAAAGAGCUUCCUUUAGAAAGUUUAAAAACUGCCUUUUGGCUUGAAAAAAAUUCGCAUUUUUCGCUUUUAAUUAAAUUUUCUCCAUCAAAUUAGAUAUAUUUUCAAGAAGGAAAAUUGAUAAUUUUAUUCGAAAAUGGAGAUACACAGGAAAUACGUUUAUAAGGUAAAAUCCUCAAACCUUAGAUAGAAGUUAAUUUUGCUGAAUUCGAAAAUGUCUAAGCUGAUAAUUUACAAGAUUUUGGAAUAACCCAUAUCAAAGAUACUAAAAAAUUGCGAUUUUUCAUCGCCAAUUAGUCCAAAGUGCCAGCUUCUUGGAAAAUAUGUCAUGUUAAAAAUCCUUUUAGAAAAUAUAAAUAAAUAUUGGACACAAUGACACAGGAGGACUAUGAAAAUAAUAACACAAUAGAUGAUUUAGAAGUUUUUUCAUUUUCUAAAAAUGAAGGAUUCUUAAAUGGGCCAUCCGUCCCAAUAAAAAAAUGGCCAAAUUGUUUAGCUUUACCUUCCGAAAACACACAAAAAAGAAAUAUAUAAGAAGGAAUUUCCCCAUAAGAUGUUUUUGUAUGUUUUUAACCUAAAAAAAAUGUUAUUUAUAAAUCUAAAUUUAAAAUUUGUAUUGAAAAUGGUGAUGAUGUUUAUUUUAUUUUGAAAGGGGUUUCCUAAUAAAAAUUCUCAUAUUGUUUUAUAAUUUCAUCUUAGUUUUAAUGA